AUGGUUCUGAAAAAUAAUGUUUUGGUUUCUCUUGCAUCAGCUGGAAUUUUGAGCGGAUUGGAAAAUGACAAAAGGUACAACCAGCUGAUCGAAACAAUGACUAUGGCAAACGAAAACUUCUCCGCAGAAACAUACUGGGCUUACGGGUGUAACUGCUUGAUGGGCGAUGGAAUUUCUCAAAACGGCCAUGGUCCGGCUAUCGAUGAAAUCGACACUACUUGCAAAAAAUACAAAGACUGUAUCAAAUGCGUCAAAAUGGAGUUUGGCGAAGAAUGCAUAAACAACGAUUUCCGCUACAGAAUCAGACAAACUGACAGCGGAAAAAUCACGUGCAAAGAUGAUGGCGAAACAUGCAAAAGAGCAAUUUGUGAGUGCGACAAAAUGUUUGCCGAGUCGCAUGCUCUCGUUGCUGAUCAGUACAAUCAAGACUAUCACAUGUUCUACUCAAUGAUCGGCUGGAAUCCGGAGGAGCAGUGCGUCAUCCCAGGACCUUCAUCCACGCCCCAGGUAAACCAACAGUGCUGCGGCCCGGCGGUGGGACCAAAGUCUAUUUUCAACACUGCUACUGGUAAAAAAUGCUGUGCUGACGGGACAAUCCAGACGAGUUGCGAUGGCGAACCAGUUUAUCCUGAAGAACCUUAUUGA